CUCCGGGGAAAAGGCGGUUUUCGCGGACGACGGAGGUGGCCGGCCCGCUCCGCGGUGUCCAGCACCGGGGCCGCCCCCACUCCGCAGCUUUCGAUGAUCGUGAACGGCGGUGGCGGUGGCCGUCGAGGAGGUAGUGGGCGAUCACACCGGUGGUGGUACCAGCGCGCACCAAGACUCCCUUCUUCGUUGCCGCCGCUUUUGCUAGAAAGGUGACUAUGCCGCGAAGACAGGAGGCAUCGAGCACGCCUCGCGCAUACCCAGUCACCUUUCUCUCCUCGUGACCGUAGCAUAUGUUCUGCGAACGUCCAUGGCGCUCCCGCGGUUCUGAACAACGGCGCGCUGCAUCGCCGCUGCGGUUCUCGUAGGCAGUCUCGCGCCUUGCGCCGCGCUCUCGCGUCCGAGGGAAUCGCGAAGGAGACACCGCACCCCGGGUGGAUUAUUCGAUCGCUUCCCCUCUCACGGGAUCACAUCGAUAACCUCGGCGUACGGAGCUCUUGGGAUUCGCGGAGCGGGCCCGAGCGAAUUUCGAUUGCAACUGACGUGCCGGGAGUCGCGCCGUCGGUUUCUCACCCCUUCGCUUCGUAUAAUCGGACCGGGACGAAUCGUGAACCUACGUCAGCGGCCACGAGCGACGAGGGAAGAUGAUAAUCGUGAGCGGUGUGUUGCUGAUCCUGGCGGUCGCGUCCAGAGUGGGAUGCCAACGAAACACCCCGAGGAGCGCCCGCGCUAGCAGGAACGAGGCGGCCUUGGAAUUCGAGUGUCCUGACGAAUUCGGAUAUUAUCCUCACCCGCGCGAUUGCACGCAGUACUAUGUGUGCGUUUUCGGCGGCGCUCUGCUCGAGUCCUGCACGGGAGGCCUUAUGUACAGUCACGAUCUGCAGACGUGCGACUGGCCGCGAAAUGUAGGCUGUCCGGAAGGUGGCUCGCCCGACAAGGAGGUCGAAGAGGAUCCCCUGCUGGAGAGGUCCACGAAGCUCGACACGCUGCAGGAGCAGCAGCAACAGCCGCCGCAGCAGCACCAACGACAAUCGCAGCAACUGCUACGCGACCAACAGCAGCAACAACAACAGCAACGACCGAUCCAAAGGCCGAUCACGAUCACGAGUACGUCGCCGCCGGUCUCGCAGAUCACCGAGAGGCAACUACGUCAGCGGCAGCACUCGCGAACGAAUUACCACGAGGACGAGUACGGGCCCGCCUCGGAGGUCGAGAGCGAUCGGCAGCAACGGGUGUACCGUGGACAGCCGUCGACGAUCGGUCAGGUGCAGCGCGAUCGUGACGGUUUGCGACGGAACAUAAUAUCGGAGAGAGAGAAGGAUAGCCUGGUAAGCGCACGCGUCCAGGCCGAGACUCAUUACAGAACGCCCGUUCCAACGUCGGAGUCGCCAAGGCUCGCGAAAACCCUGGCUUCGACCGUGGCACCGGUCCUAUCCAAGGCUUACUACAGCGACCCGGAUCAGAGUUAUCCGUAUUACACCAUCUACGACGACGACGUCUCCAUUUACAAGGACGACGAUUACAAUCAGUACACGGUGAACCAGACAGUGCCGGUGCAACAGCCGAACGUGAAGAUCAGCGAGGUAAACACGAAACAGUACCAGAAGCCGAAAAAAGUCGCGGUCAACGAGGCGGACAAGUAUAAUCUCAAUCAGGACGUGCAGGACUAUGAUAUCUACGAGAAUCAGGCGCAGCUCAACAAGAACAAGUUCCGCAUUACUGACGGUCAGCAGUACAGGACAAACGUGCUUAGCCAUCCCGUGGUUCACGUGACGACGCCGAACGUCAUCGUCGACACUUUUAUACCGUUGACUACGAGCACGCAAACCCCCAGCACGAGCAGCAGACCUUACACCGUCAACGCACCAAGCCGAAGUCGACCGCAGCAGAUCCAUCGGGGCACAGCGCCGCCGCGAUCCCGGCCCACGUUGAAGCCGUCCACCGAGAUAGUCUCGAAGGCGCAGGAGUUCGUCGAUAUCUACAGGUAUCCGCCGGUGAGACCAGGGCCGAUCUACCCGACACCGCAGGUGGACAAGCCCGCGGCGAAAUGUCGCAAGGACGUCUGCCUGCUUCCGGAUUGCAGCUGCGGCGGCUCCGACAUUCCAGGUGGUAUUCCGAUCGAGCAGACGCCGCAGAUCGUUCUGCUCACGUUCGACGACGCCGUGAACGACCUUAACAGGCCGCUGUACGGCGAUCUGUUCGAAAACGGCCGUAAAAAUCCGAACGGCUGCCCGAUCUCGGCGACGUUUUACGUCUCGCACGAGUGGACGGACUAUAGCCAGGUGCAAAAUCUCUACGCGGGCGGCCAUGAAAUGGCGUCGCACACAGUCUCACACAGUUUCGGCGAACAGUUCUCGGCGCGAAAGUGGGCGCGAGAGGUCGCUGGGCAGCGUGAGAUCCUGUCGGCUUACGGAGGCGUCAAGCUGGAGGAUGUCAGAGGGAUGAGGGCUCCCUUCUUAUCGGUCGGCGGCAACAACAUGUUCAAGAUGCUCUGGGACACGAACUUCACGUACGACUCCUCUAUGCCGAUCUAUGAGAACCGGCCGCCCAGCUGGCCGUAUACGCUGGAUUACAAGCUCUUCCACGACUGCAUGAUACCGCCCUGUCCCACGAGAUCCUAUCCGGGAUUGUGGGAAGUUCCUAUGGUAAUGUGGCAAGAUCUCAACGGCGGUAGAUGCUCGAUGGGAGAUGCCUGCAGCAAUCCACCGACACCGGACGGCGUGUACAAGAUGCUCAUUAAGAACUUUGAGCGGCAUUACACGACCAACAGGGCGCCAUUCGGUCUUUUCUACCACGCUGCAUGGUUCACCCAGCCGCAUCACAAGGAAGGUUUCAUAUCGUUCCUCGACACCAUCGUCGCCAUGGACGACGUGUGGGUAGUUACGAAUUGGCAGGCCAUCCAGUGGAUUAGGAAUCCGACGCCUCUGGCGCUUCUUCACACAUUCGAACCCUUCGGAUGCCAUUAUCCGGACCGACCGAAGAAAUGCAACAACCCGAAGGUCUGCAACCUCUGGCACAAGAGCGGCGUGAGGUACAUGAAGACCUGCCAGGCAUGCCCAGAUAUCUACCCAUGGACAGGCAAGACCGGUAUACGUAGCAGUCGCAUCGACAACGAGGUCGACGCGCACGAAUGAGUUGUACAGACGGAAAGCGCAGUUUUCGUUGCGAUCGGGAAGAGAGGCAAACCCGAAUAACGCGAAUGUCCCACCGCCGGACGCGCCGCGAUCCCAGACGGCACGAGCUUCAAAAAGACGUCUCGAGGACAUCUAAAAGACGUCCUACUAUUUCUAGACGUCUUCGAGACGUUUUCUUGAACGUUCGUACUCUCUCUCUCUCUCUCUCUCUCU